AUGGAAACUGAAAAGUCAAACUUAUCAAAGGCUGAAGAACUUAAACUCCUUGCAAAUGAAGCUUUCAAUGCUCGAAAAUACUCCCAAGCCAUUGAUCUAUAUACUCAAGCAAUUGAGCUGAACAGUGGAAAUGCAGUUUACUAUUCUAAUCGUGCCUUUGCCCAUCUUCGGCUUGAGGAAUAUGGUAGUGCAAUACAAGAUGCCACAAAGGCUAUUGAAGUUGAUCCUAAAUAUUCAAAGGGUUAUUACAGGCGAGGUGCUGCUCAUAUUGGGCUGGGAAAGUUCAAGGAAGCACUGAAAGAUUUUCAGCAGGUCAAGAAAAUGUCUCCAAAUGAUCCUGAUGCAACAAAGAAAUUGAAGGAAUGUGAAAAAGCAGUUAUGAAACUUAAAUUUGAAGAAGCAAUUGCUGCACCUGAGUCUGAAAGGCGUUCAAUAGCUGAAUCCAUAGAUUUCCGUACAAUAGGAAAGGGCCGCGAUUCUUCGGUUCCAACCGAAGUGGCCAUAGCAGCAGUGACAGUAGCAGUUAUGGCAGCGGCGGUGAUGUUGUUCAGGACAUCAAAGACCACAAUAGUAGUUGCAAUUGUGGUUGGUUUGCUGUUGCUCCUCGGGGCUUAUUGGUGGAGUGGCCACAAUACUGAUGUCGAGCCACAGUAUUCAGGAGCAAGAAUAGAGGGGGAUGUUGUUACUUUGGAUUUUGCGAAAAAAAUGAUGGAAGAUUUCAAGAAUCAGAAGUUCUUACAUAAACGGUAUGCAUUUCAGAUUGUAUUGCAAACAAGAGAAGUUUUGCAAUCUUUGCCUUCUCUUGUUGACAUACAUGUUCCUAAUGGCAAACAUUUUACUGUUUGUGGUGAUGUGCAUGGUCAGUACUAUGAUCUUUUGAAUAUUUUUGAGCUUAAUGGGCUUCCUUCAGAAGAGAAUCCGUAUCUAUUUAAUGGUGACUUUGUGGAUAGGGGAUCUUUUUCAUUGGAAGUUAUCCUCACUUUGUUUGCAUUUAAGUGCAUGUCUCCAUCAGGUAAACCCUAG